AUGGUAGCUGGUAUCGAUUUGAGCCGAUUAUAUGGACAUAUGGGCCCACCGAUGCAGAAACGUACAGAUGCAUGUCAUCCUUAUGAACCAUUUAAAUGUCCUGGCGAUGGUAAUUGCAUAUCAAUACAAUAUCUCUGUGAUGGUGCGCCAGAUUGUUCUGAUGGUUAUGAUGAAGAUAUGAGACUUUGUACUGCAGCAAAACGACCACCUGUUGAAGAAACAGCUUCAUUUUUACAAAGUUUAAUCGCAUCCCAUGGACCCAAUUAUCUGGAAAAAUUAUUUGGUGCAAAAGCUCGUGAUGCUUUAGCUCCAUUAGGUGGUGUUGAAAAAGUUGCUAUUGCUCUAAGUGAAUCACAAACAAUUGAAGAUUUUGGUGCAGCACUACAUCUGAUGCGAUCCGAUUUGGAACAUCUACGUUCAGUAUUUAUGGCAGUUGAAAACGGUGAUUUAGGAAUGCUAAAAUCACUUGGUAUCAAAGAUUCUGAAUUGGGUGAUGUUAAAUUCUUUUUGGAAAAAUUAGUUAAUACUGGUUUCUUAGACUGAGUAGCGCCAGAUCCGGCUUCCAAUUUUUAUUAUUCAGUUGUACCAAUAAAUCCAAGUUUUUACUCUUAUUUUAGUUCAUCAGAUUCAGGUUAUUUUUAAAUUAAUUUCAAUUCAAAACUAAAAAUAAAUAUAAAAUAACCAUGAAAAAUCCUUAAUUAUGUUAAUCAGUUAAACAAAAUUAUUUUUUUUUUAUAAUUUUGUUUUGUUAUAAUUUAAGACAGUUUGGUCACUUCUAUUCAAUUCUAUACUACUUUAUAUUAUUCUUCUAUUUUUCUUUUAUUUUCAUAUAAAAAUUAACUUUUUUCACGGUUUCACAAAAUUCUAUACAAAAAAUAAUAACAAAAUUUAAAUAAAUUUUCAUUUGAUUAUUAAAUAAAAAAAAAUUAUAUGAAAUUAAAAAAAAUAUAAAAAAAAAUAUUAAAAAUAAAAAAAAAACUAUUAAAAAAAAUCAUAAAAAUUAAUUUGGAAAUUCAAAAACUAAUAGUCAUAAUCUUUAUCCCCACAAAUAAAUUGCAAUAUCUAAGGAGUAGGCGAAAUAUUUUAAUUCUCUAUUUAACCACCAUUGUGAGAAAUUUUUUUCAAUAUUCUGUUCUUUCGUUCAUACAAAUUUUCUUCAUUUCUUGAAAUUCGUUCAAUUUAAAACUGUUUAAAAUUGUACACAAAAUUAAAACCAAAGAAUUUAAAAAUGCUUUAAAUUAAAACUUAAAAAUACUAUGAGUGAAUGUUAUAUUGAUUCUUAUAUUAUUUCUGAAUACUAAGUAUUUAGUAGCGUUUCUGCUUAGUAAUCAGAUUAUAUAAGAAUAAGAAAAAAUCCUACAAUUCGGAAAAGACAUCAUAUUGUAUAUAGUUUUAAUUUUUACCAUUUUAACUAACUCAAAUUAUUUUUAAAAAAAAUUAUUAAAUUUUCUGAAAAUCAAGUAUUUAUAAAUAAUACCUAUAGCGUUUCUACUUUUUAAUCAGAAAAUUUAUAUUUAGUAAAAAAAUUAAAUUUGUAAUUUGGACUUUAUUUACAAUUUUAAUAUGAUUUAAGAGUACAUGCAACUAUACACGCUAAAAGCUGUUCAGCAUUCAAAAUGUGAAAAUAUAAUGGUACCCACUUGCAAUGCAGUCUUAUUUAGUUUAUUCUUAAUCAUACUCGUAAAUUUCGAAAUUUUGAAUAUUUUCUAUUUACAUUAUCUUAUGUCAUGUCUGAUAUUGCAAAUUAUUAUUAAUUAUUUAUUUAAACAAAAAAUUAACACUCAUUAUCAAUUUAAAAUUGGAAUUAAUAAUUAAAUUCAUAUAAAUAUCAUAAAUCUAUCAUGUUGAAAAGGAAAAUAAUCAUACACAUAGUAUAGAUUCAUUACAUUUUGAAAACAAAAUCAGAAAUUGGAUAUUUCAAAAAUAAAAAUUUCAGAAGGAAAUUAAGAAUUUUUUAAUAAUGUAUAAAUAUAUACAUAAAAUUUCCUCUUAUAUUAAUAUAGGUAUACAAUAUUAUA